UCGGAAUCUGCUGCGGCUCGCCUGAGUUUUGUGGUGGCUUGUGUUGUGGGAGGGGGGCAGCGUGUAUGUGUCAGAGGCAGCAGCAGCGGCCACAUCAGGGGGAGCCGGGGCGAAAGAGGGACCGCUAAGCCGGAAUCAUGUAUCUCACCAUUAGGAUUGCGAGCAGGGAGUGGUGUGGAAAUUGUGCAACAUGCAGAUAAGAUCCCGGUUUCCUAACGCCCUCUCCAGAAGAAAGAGCGAGCUUGCCCUGGGCAGGAGGGAGAGGAGAAAGCCAGCAUGAAGGUUGAAGGAGAUCAUUUCCACGGCCAGUGCUAGAGGGAGACCUAGAUCUGUGCAACUCGCUUCCCCGUGGCUGUUUUGUUUGGGGCGGGGGGGACACCGGAUCGGGCUCAGCCAGGGAGGAGGGGAAGGUGUGUGGGGGAAGGGGGGGCGGCGAAGGAAUAACGGAGAGAGAGGCUGUGCGGUGCAUUGCACACAGACUGAGCGAGGGAAAGAGCCGGAAGAAUCGCCCCUCUCCGAGGAAGGGCCAUCGCCAUGGGCAAUGCAGGGAGCAUGGAUUCUCAGCAGACGGACUUCAGGGCUCACAACAUGCCUCUCAAGCUGCCAAUGCCCGAGCCAGGUGAACUGGAGGAGAGAUUUGCCGUCGUCCUGAAUGCAAUGAACUUGCCACCCGACAAAGCCAGGUUACUUCGGCAGUAUGACAAUGAGAAGAAAUGGGAGUUGAUCUGUGAUCAGGAAAGAUUUCAAGUGAAGAAUCCUCCACAUACAUAUAUCCAGAAAUUAAAGGGCUAUCUCGAUCCAGCAGUAACCAGGAAGAAAUUCAGAAGACGAGUCCAAGAAUCUACGCAAGUACUACGAGAACUGGAAAUUUCUUUAAGAACAAAUCAUAUUGGAUGGGUCAGGGAGUUUUUGAAUGAAGAAAACAAAGGCCUGGAUGUUCUGGUGGAAUAUUUGUCAUUUGCACAGUACGCAGUCACUUUUGACUUUGAAAGCUUGGAGAACAAUGUGGAAAACUCAAUGGAUAAAUCCAAACCUUGGAGCCGUUCCAUUGAAGACCUGCAUAGAGGAAGUAACUUACCCUCGCCAGUUGGCAAUAGCAUUUCCCGCUCUGGCAGGCAUUCUACUCUACGAUCGGUUUCUCUGCCUGAACAACUUCAGUUCAAACGCCGCCAGAGCUGCUUUUCACCCAACUGUCUCUGGAGCGGCUUCAGUUUACACUCUGCUGGUGAGGCUUCAAGCCGGAAAAUCUCAUAUAAUACCUUGCCGAGCAGAAGAACACUAAAAAAUUCAAGAUUAGUGAGUAAAAAAGACGAUGUUCAUGUCUGCAUCAUGUGUUUACGUGCCAUAAUGAAUUACCAGUAUGGAUUCAAUAUGGUCAUGUCACAUCCACAUGCUGUUAAUGAAAUUGCACUAAGCCUGAACAACAAGAAUCCCAGAACAAAAGCCCUUGUCUUAGAACUGUUAGCAGCUGUUUGUCUUGUCAGAGGAGGGCACGAAAUUAUUUUAUCUGCAUUCGAUAACUUUAAGGAGGUUUGUGGAGAGAAACAGCGCUUUGAGAAGCUGAUGGAACACUUCCGAAAUGAAGACAACAAUAUAGACUUCAUGGUGGCAUGUAUGCAGUUCAUCAACAUUGUAGUCCAUUCAGUAGAGGACAUGAAUUUCAGAGUUCAUCUCCAGUAUGAAUUUACGAAAUUAGGCCUGGACGAAUAUUUGGAUAAGCUGAAACACACAGAGAGUGACAAACUGCAGGUGCAGAUUCAAGCUUACUUGGACAAUGUGUUUGAUGUGGGAGCUUUGCUUGAAGAUGCCGAAACCAAAAACGCAGCCUUGGAAAGAGUUGAAGAACUGGAAGAAAAUAUUUCUCAUCUAUCGGAAAAACUGCAAGACACAGAGAAUGAAGCUAUGGCAAAGAUUGUGGAACUGGAAAAGCAGCUUAUGCAGAGAAACAAAGAACUGGAUGUUGUUCGAGAAAUUUACAAAGAUGCAAAUACCCAGGUUCACACGUUGAGAAAAAUGGUCAAAGAAAAAGAGGAAGCCAUCCAGCGACAGUCAACCCUGGAGAAAAAAAUCCAUGAACUGGAAAAGCAAGGGACUAUUAAAAUUCAGAAGAAAGGUGAUGGUGACAUCUCUAUUCUUCCUGUUGCUGUGGCCUCUGGGACACUGCCAUCAGGGUCAGAAGCUACAGCUGGCACAUGUGUGGGACCAGUGACUAGGGCUAUGCCUUCAGUACCAUUGCCGCCACCUCCACCCCCAUUGCCGCCAUUACCACCAACAUCUGAGACAGUGCAAAACGGUCCUGUGACAGCACCUAUGCCACCUCCACCUCCGCCUCCACCACCACCUCCCCCUCUUCCUGGUCCAGCUGCAGAGACAGCCCCAGCUCCUCCACUGCCUCCCCCACCACCACCAUCAGCACCCCCUCUGCCAGGAACAGCCUCUCCCACAGUGAUUUUCAACUCAGGAUUAGCAGAUGGGCCAAUCAAGCUUUUCUCUGUGAAAAUCAAGAAGCCAAUCAAGACAAAGUUCCGCAUGCCUGUCUUUAACUGGGUGGCGCUCAAACCCAAUCAAAUUAAUGGGACAGUCUUCAAUGAAAUCGAUGAUGAAAGGAUCCUGGAGGAUUUAAAUGUGGAUGAAUUUGAAGAAAUAUUCAAGACAAAAGCUCAAGGUCCAGCCAUUGAUCUUACUUCAAGCAAACAAAAGAUAACUCAAAAAGGGUCAAACAAAGUCACAUUAUUGGAAGCAAACAGGGCCAAAAAUCUUGCCAUCACUUUAAGAAAAGCUGGAAAGACUGCAGAUGAGAUAUGCAAAGCUAUUCAGGUAUUUGACCUGAAGACGUUGCCAGUAGAUUUUGUCGAAUGUUUGAUGCGAUUCUUGCCCACUGAGAACGAAGUGAAAGUCUUACGGCUCUAUGAGCGGGAGAGGAAACCUCUCGAGAACCUGACUGAUGAAGAUCGGUUCAUGAUGCAGUUCAGUAAGAUUGAAAGGCUGAUGCAGAAGAUGACCAUCAUGGCCUUCAUUGGCAACUUUGCAGAAAGCAUCCAAAUGCUGACACCGCAACUCCAUGCAGUAAUAGCAGCAUCUGUCUCAAUAAAGUCAUCCCAAAAGCUCAAGAAAAUACUGGAGAUAAUCUUGGCUCUUGGUAACUAUAUGAACAGCAGUAAAAGAGGAGCAGUUUAUGGGUUUAAACUACAGAGUUUAGAUCUGCUGUUAGACACAAAGUCAACGGACAGAAAACAAACGCUGUUGCACUAUAUAUCCAAUGUUGUGAAAGAGAAGUAUCACCAAGUGUCCCUCUUUUACAAUGAACUUCAUUAUGUGGAGAAAGCUGCUGCAGUGUCCCUUGAAAAUGUCCUGUUGGAUGUCAAGGAGCUCCAGCGAGGCCUGGACCUGACAAAGCGGGAAUACACCAUGCACGACCACAAUACAAUGCUGAAGGAAUUUAUUCAUAACAAUGAAGGAAAACUAAAGAAACUGCAGGAUGAUGCAAAAAUAGCCCAGGAUGCCUUUGAUGAUGCUGUGAAAUAUUUUGGGGAGAAUCCCAAGACAACGCCCCCAUCCGUCUUUUUCCCAGUCUUUGUCCGAUUUGUGAAAGCCUACAAGCAAGCAGAAGAGGAGAAUGAGUUGAGAAAGAAGCAGGAACAGGCACUCAUGGAAAAACUUCUGGAGCAAGAAGCAUUGAUGGAGCAACAGGACCAAAAGUCUCCUUCACAUAAAACAAAGAGACAGCAACAAGAGCUAAUUGCAGAGCUACGCCGACGACAAGUCAAGGAUAACAGACAUGUGUAUGAGGGGAAAGAUGGAGCAAUUGAAGACAUUAUAACAGCCCUAAAGAAGAAUAAUAUCACUAAAUUUCCAAAUGUUCACUCGAGGAUCUUAGAAACCAGCCAUACAGACGAGCCGAUGCGGUAAGGAGAAGCGUUAGGCGACGCUUUGAUGAUCAGAACUUGCGCUCUGUAAAUGGUGCUGAAAUAACCAUGUGAGCUGGAGAUUUGCAUGUGAAAAGUAGAGCGUGUGCUUGAAUGAUACCUUGUCCAUGUGAACUAUAUGUGCUACCAUUUAAUUAUAGCCUUGAAUACAGUAAAAUUACCUUCUAAAGGGCUCAAAAAGACAUAGAAAAUGCAUAGGAACAUAAAAGUGAUGGGCUGUCUACUCAACCAUAGCUAACAAGUGCCUAAAAUUGAAGUACCUGCUCAAAUUAAUCAAAGCAAUAGGACUUGAUUUGAUUGGGUAUCUUUUUACACCAACACAUUCAGUAUUUUUAACCAAAAUGUAAAUUACAUGAUUUUUUUUUUUGUUACAUGAAAUUUAGUGAUUGGUCUUCAGUGGCCCUUACUGAUAUCCUGACAGGUUGUAAAUAAGUAAUACUUGGAUGCAAUCUGCUGUGGACUUAAGCUUUUCAAUGCAUUCCUGUCCUGUCUGCUAAGGAAUUAACCUUGAGCUUCAACUGCACUUAGCUUUUUAUAUAUAUAUAUUUAAAGGCUUACCAUGUGCAAGGGGGAAGUAAUUACAAAAUGAAAUGUACCUUUCAGCCAUACACAAACCCCAGACUAAUACAAAUAAGAUGUGUUAAAGACAUAAUUCAGUGAACACACAGUUCAUAUCAAAUGAACAUGAACUAUUCUUCAUGUUCUGAUUCCGCUUUUUAUAUGCCAGUGUGCAAUCUGGGAUAAGCAGUGAGGGUAUGAAUGCAUUGCAAAGAUCAGUGAAACAAGAACGUUGUAUAAGACUCAUUUACUAUGUUCUUCAGAUAGAGGCAGCUUUUGAAUAACAUGUAUUUAUUAAUUAGGACUAAGAUAUUAACAUCUCAUUAAUCAGUAUUAGGAUUUCUGAUGACCAUUAUGGUUCAGUUAUUAACUCAGUGAAAUCAUCUUGUACCCUGCUGAGAGAGGAUUUUAAUACCCCAUCCAUAAGCUUUAAACUUGCAUCUGCAUUGAGCAAGAAUGGUAACCCAGUAAUUAUGUUUUUCCUUUGACAAUCGAGUUCUGAUCACUUAAUACAAAGGGACAUUUGUUGUUCAAAUGAAUCCCAACUUCUAAAUUCUUAGUUAUUUUAUAUACUGCAUUUUACACUUUAAAAUUGAGCUUAUUUUAUUAGGCUUGGCAAUAUUUUAAAUAUAAACAGUGCUACUGGUGCAGAUCAAUUUAUUGUUAUAAUGGAAUUUUAUUUUAUCCUACAAUGGCAGGGCACUUGAUCUAUUCCAAAGUCAAGAACUGGACUGAUGCUAAAUUUGUACUUUCAAGAAGAUACAUUUUGCUUGUGGCUUACCAUUCCUGGUAGCAUUGCAUCAAUAUGUUAAUUGUAAAAUUUAUUGUAUAGUAUUUAACCACUGAAUUUCUUUUCUUUUAUGUUGUGCUUUAUGUGAACCACUGGUGAAGGUCCCAUUUUCCUUGAAUAAUGUGUAGUUACAUGAAUCUGUUUUUAAAUGUACAGAUAUUUUGCUACAAAAUUGGUGCAGUUUUUUAUGGUUUUUACACUUCUCUUUAAUUCCCACUUUAGUCUCUGGGUAAUAUUGUAAAUAUUGUUUAAAAAAUGCAUCAGCCUGUGCUAUACAAUCUGAAUGUUAUUUUAACUUAUAGUUUUGUUUUUUAUAUUUAACUAAAUGGACAUUUUGGGGCUCAAAGUUACCACAUUGACUUCGCUUCCCUAUUUACAGAAAGUUUACAUUAAAACUGCCACGUAUUGUCUCAUUUACAGCAACGUGUACUUGAUAUGCAAAAGAGAACAUGCCAAGAUUGCCUCUUUCUUCACUGACAGUGACAAAAGAGUUUUAAUCUGUAUAAGAAAGAAUCAUUUGGCAACCUAACUUAAGUACAUUUAUUAGUCAAAUGGGUCAAACUCGUAAGCUCAAAAGCAUUUUAUAACUUAACUCUAGACAGCAAAUAAUAUUACCAUGCAAGUGGACUGUAAUAUUGGCAUGUUCUCUUUGAUGUUUUUCUAGUAAUAGACCUGCUUCUUAGCAAUAUUAGAAGUGUUUUAUAAAAGCAGUUCAUGUUACUUUUCUGGUCUGUUCAUGGCAUAUGAUCAAAUAAACUAUUUACACUACUAUACAGUAA